UACCAGUGCUGCUCGUCGGUGGCCAGCAGCAAAAGUUUCGGGUGAUGCCCCGGGAUCUCCAGGUGCUGGAGGGUUCCGAGGCGCUGCUGCGAUGCGAAAUUCACAACCUGGCCGGAGCGGUCCAGUGGACCAAGGAUGGAUUUGCGCUGGGGUUUUCCACGACGAUACCGGGCUACCCGCGCUACUCGGUGCUCGGUGACCGGAACUCGGGCGUCUACAACCUCAAGAUCUCCAACGCAUCGCUGGAGGAUGACGCCGAGUACCAGUGCCAAGUGGGGCCGGCCAAAUUCAACUCGGCCAUCCGUGCCAACGCCAAGCUGAUUGUGAUAUCUCCUCCGUCGUCAAUCGAAAUUCAGGGCUACAAUCACAACUCCAAGGUGGAGGUCCGCGAAGGACAGGAUCUAACGCUGACCUGUGUGGUGGCGAAUUCUAAACCGGUGGCACAGAUCGUGUGGUACCGGGGGAAGUCCGAGUUCAAGUCCGAUUCCAUCGAGAACAAGGUUAUCGAAACCGAGGGCAAACGGUACACGGUGACGUCCCAGCUCCGGAUCAAGCCCACCUCCGACGACGACUACAUGGAGUAUACCUGCCAGGCCAAGCACAAGGCCCUCCAGCCGGACAAACCGAUGCAGACGACGGUGCAGCUAUCCGUGCUUUAUCCACCUGGAGCGCCGUACAUCGAGGGCUACACCCAGGGCGAAACACUGCGGCGGGGCCAGACAGUGGAGUUGAUUUGCCGCAGUCGGGGCGGUAAUCCUCCGGCGCAGUUGAUUUGGUACAAGAACGGAGUCCAGGAGCGGAUGGCCUACCGGACGUCGGAAAGGCUGUCGGAGAAUAUCUACAGCUUCGUUGCGAACGCGAGUGACAACAAGGCAAAGCUGCGCUGCGAGGCCAACAACAUCAUGGCCAAGGCACCGCUCAAAACGGAGGUGACGCUGAGUGUGCUGUUCGCCCCAACGCACGUCACCAUCUCCGGCCCAUCGGAGGCCCGCGUUGGCGAUCGCGUCCCGUUGCAGUGUCAAACGGCACCGUCCAAUCCGCCGGCCGAAAUCAAGUGGAGCGUCGGUGGUCACCAGGUGAAAAAUGGCACAUCGCGUACAAUCGAAAGCCCGGAAGGCGGCUGGAUCACGAUGUCGAACAUCACGGCCCCGGUGGAUGCCAGCAAGCGCUCGCUGGUGGUCAUCUGCCACGGACUCAACAUGCAGCUGACCGAGAAUGUCGUGUCGACCCAUACCGUGAACAUAUUGCUACCUCCCAGCUCGCCGAUAAUUUCCGGCUACGAGGAAGGCCUAAUCAUACCGGCCGGAUCCGUCCAGAAGCUGGGCUGCAUUUCAACCGGAGGCAACCCACUGGCCACGCUCACCUGGUACAAGAACGACAAAAAGGUCAACUCCGCCAGCAAGACCGCAGACAAAUCCGUUUCGGCCGAGCUCACCAUCCUGGCCAAUGUGACGGACAAUCAGGCACGUUACCGCUGUGAAGCCCACAAUUCGGCCACCGAGAUUCCGCUCUUCCAGACGAAAACCCUGAGCGUUCACUUUGCCCCGGAGACGGUGAAGAUAACGAUCGAUCCGCCCGAGCUGAAGCCCGGUAUCGAGGCAACGCUGAUCUGCGACUCGAGCUCCAGCAAUCCGCCGGCGAAAAUUUCCUGGUGGCGCGAUGGCAUAGCAGUAACAGGUAUAAAUAACUCGUCCAAACCGGGCCUCUGGGGUGGCACCGUAUCGUCGCUGGAGCUGAAGGUAAACAUCACCCAGGACAUGAACGGAAACGUCUAUACGUGUCAGAGCUCGAACGAGGCUUUACAGCGCAGCGUACACGAGGCAGUCAAUUUGCAAGUACUAUAUCCACCAAAAUUCUCGCCGCCCCCGUCGUCAACGGCCGUCGGCGUCGAAGGCGAAUCACUUACGGUUGCCAUGGUGGCGAACGGAAAUCCCAUGUCGAUUGCCUACACCUGGACCAAGGACGGCCUUCCGAUUCUACCGUCUGGUGUCCAACGAAUCGUCUCCGAGGGACCAAUCCUCAACAUCACCAAGCUGACGCGGAACGAUGCCGGAAUCUACACGUGCGAGGCCGUCAACUCCCAGGGCUCGGCGAUGAUUAAUAUCACAGUCGUGGUCGAAUAUGGCGCAUCGAUAAAAUCCAUCUCCGAGAACGUGGUCGUAAAUCCCGGCGAGGAUGCAAUGCUUUCAUGCACCGUUGAAGGCAAGCCAUUGAACGAGGAGCACAUUCGCUGGGAACGGAUCGGGUACGACAUGACGAUAAAAACGUCGACAACGUACGCCAACGGAACGAGCUAUCUGCACAUCAAGGAUGCACGGCGCGAGGAUGUUGGCAAUUUCCGCUGUAUCGCUGAUAAUCGUGUUGCGAAUCCAACCAGCCGUGAUGUUUUAUUGAUUGUGAAAUUCAUCCCGGAAAUCGACAAGUCCCCACCGAUGCUCCGGGCCGCAGCCAGCUCCGGCGAACGUGGCCGGCUACCGUGCCGGGCCCAGUCAGCUCCUCGGCCCAAGUUCUACUGGUCCCGCGGCGGUCAGAGCCUGAACGUCAAUCAAACCUCCAAGUACUACGUCGAGAAUAAACAAAUCGACUCGCUCACCUUCGAAUCGAUUCUGCUAAUCGAGCGGGUCAGCUCCAACGAUUACGGUGUGUACGAGUGCACGGCCCGCAACGAACUCGGAAGUGUCAAGGAAAGCGUUCGGUUGGAUGUUACCUCCCCGCCGGACCCACCGCUCAGUCUCAACAUCCUGAACGUGACGCACGAUACCGUCACCGUGGCGUGGACGCCCGGCUUCGACGGUGGAAUGAAGGCCAACUAUCGGGUGCGCUACCGGGAAGCUAACAACGACCACUACCGGUACGAGGACAGUCUUGCCAACUCGCACAAGCUCACCAUCACCGGGCUGCGGAUGAACACGCUCUAUCUGUUCUCGGUGAUGGCAUCCAAUGCGCUCGGCACCAGCAAGUACUUGCCCGAUCUAACCCGGGCCCAGACGAAAGACACCCCUCCGUCCCAGCCGGCAUCGUCGCUGGGCAGUAAACCGCCGGCCGGACCGCCACCGUCCUCCAUCGGUGCCUCCGGGCUGUUGCUCCUGAUCGGGGUCGCGGCCGGCAUUUGCCUGGUUCUGCUCAAUAUCCUGCUCAUCGGAUGCUGCAUCCACCGGCGAACCAGCCACAAGCGAGUGAAACGGGAUUCAUCCAAUCAGAACAGCAAAUCCGCCACCAUUGAAAUGUACGCCCCAAGCUCAUACAAUGACACCGUUACAGGUGAAACCCUGUCCAGUGUGUCGGAGAAGAGUGACUCCUACUCGAACGAUGGCAGUCAGCCUGACUAUAUGGAUGAAACCCGGAAGAAAGCUGCCUCCACCUAUCUGGUGGAAAAUUCGGAUAUGCCACCGCCUCGCUAUCAGAAGGACGGUACACUGCCACACCACUAUCCGAACAACAUCAAUGCAGCUCAUACACGAACAUUGCCCCAUCCACGGCACAACAACGUCGUAUACGAGCAGCGAAGCCGUGACGAUCAGCUGAUAGGCAAGAACAACUACGUGACCGCACCGUCCCCUGGUCCCCCGCUGGAUGGGUCCUACUACAACAUGAACAGCGAUCGCUACCUUUCCUAUCCUCCUAUGGACUACCCCCCGAUGGAAAUGUCCACACCCCCACUGCCGGUGAUACCGGCCCUGCCGACCAACACCAAUGGUACGCUGCGGAGGGGCACCCGCGCCAUGGUUCCCCCGCCGGAUGUGACACACCACACGCAGCAUACGGUCAAAACGCUGCACGACUCGUCCGCCUCCUCCGGAGGACUGCUCAACAUCUCCCAGGUGUCGCAGUCGACGCCAAAGCAACCGCAGGGUAUCCUGAAAGACCCCAACAAGCGCAAAGAUCAACAGCAGCAUCAGCACCAGCACCAGCACCAACACCAGCAGCAGCAGCAGCACCAACAGUCCAACAGCUCCGGACUCCUGCCGGGGGGAAUCAAUCACCUCAACAGCAUCGGCGGUGGCUUGCAGAUGCUCGGUGUUCAGAAUCCCUCGCCAGUGCCAAUGAUGGGCGGUCCACCGCCGGGCCUAGUGCCGGUCAGCGCCGGUGGCAGUAGUUUAGGUAACAAUUUGCUCAUCGGGGCGUACGACCCGAGCAGUACGAACCUGAGCUCGUUCAACGCGUCCCUUGGCUACACGGACGCCGACGGGCACCUAGUGUAGGCAAUUCUCCAGCAGAUGAUAAUAAUUACUAAAUUAGUAGUCUAGGCGCCAAAAUUCGACAACACACAUUGGAAACAAGAAAUUCUAACAACUUAAAGAAGAAGAAACAGCAAGAGAAGGUAAAAGCAUAAACGAAACAACAGAGAUUUUUAAAUACAAACCAAUUGAUUAGGUCACGCAAAAUACUUAUGAUGAACACACAGACGGGAGGAAAACGACGAAAAAACGGGAAGCGUACAGUAGGAUAGUAGAGGGGUGUCACACGAGGGCGGUGUGGAUGAUAGGAAGUCCGAGAACAGAAACACAAAGAGAAUUAAGACAAAGAUAAUUGUAUUAAAACAUUAAAACAAUCUUUUUAACUUUAAAACAAAACAAAACAAAAAACGUAAUGGUAAUGUAUAUUAACAAUUUAAUUGUUGAGUUUUAAGUGAGUGCAUUUGCAAACAAAAGAGGUAGAGAGAAAGCGAGAGAGAAAGAAAGAAUGUAACGAAUGUUAGGAACAAUGUUGACAAUGUUACGUUAAAUACGGAAGAAGAAGAAGAAGAAAAUGGAGUGGCGAAAGUCCUCCUCAGCCUAAGGCGUGUGAGCACGGGUGUGAAACGUAAGUCUUCUCAGUUAAGUUGCUUUUAAUUGGUUUAAGUUUUCCUUCUUGCUAGUUUUCAUUUAUUACAAGUUAGCGAUUUACAUAUAGGAUGUGUCUUCAUAGACGUAUAGUAACUGUUAUAGAUCCCCUUUGUUUUCCUUUUCUCGAUAGUAGCUGCAGCUGUUGAAUCGCAUUGAUGGCGACAGCAAAUCGUUGAAGUUGGGUCACGAUGGGCUGUAGAUGCAGUUUCAGAUGGAAGCAUUGGCAACAUUCUGCUGUCAUUCCGGCCGCAUGGUUGGGUGGAAAGGUCAGGACGGUUAGAGAGUCUCGUACAAGUACAGGGGGUGGACAAACUAAUCGGCACAGGCAAAAUUAUGUCCAGAUUU